GGGAGAAGAGGUAGGGAGGCAGGGGGUCCUCCCAGGUAUACUCCAUCUCCUCCUGGGAGGGAACAGAGAGAGGGAGGCGAAAGUCACCCCCGAUCCAUGGGGGGGCUCCCCUAGACCUGCCCCAGCUCCACCCCCCUGCCCCGCUGGGCUUGGCUCUGUUCCAAGGGCUGCCUCCACCCCACUCCCCCCCAUCCAGGCCUCCGCCCCCCAGCUGCCAACCACUCACCAGCACGGCCUGGGCUGCCAAACCCUUUGAGAAGGCAAGGCGGCGUUCCCCUCUCUGGAGGCUGUUCCUGCAGGCCUCGAUCAGGGUCUUCAGGAACGUGACCCGGUCCCUCCGGUCCUGGAAGGGGAAAACAAUGGGGCCGUGAAGUGGGGCAGGAUGCCCCUUGGAUGGCAGGCCCCCUUUCAUCUGUACGAAUUCACUGCCUCGGACGAAAUGCCACGCACUGUGGCUUUUCACCCCUCGCAACAGAUCUUUGCUUGUGGCUUCGAUACUGGCGUGGUGAGGACCAUCAGCUUAGCUGCCUCAAAGCUGCUUGAGGAACACAAGCAACACCACGACUCAAUCACGGGGCUGAUCUUCUCCCCAGACGGCAAUUUCAUGUACAGUUGCUGCGCUCGUGGGACCCUGGCUCUUUAUAAUUGUGCUGUCCAGAAAAGUCACAUCGUCCGAGUUCUGGCUAAUGUGGUGGUACAAGAUGCUGACCACGGGCCCGAUGCCUUGUCGAUCAGCGCCGACGGACAUCUCCUGGCCUUCGUGGGACCUUCCGAGUACAUUGUGACUCUGAUGGAUGCCAGAUCCCUAGAUGAAGCAAUCUAGGAAGAAGUGUGAUUGCAAUAUCAGAAGCAAAGAAUUUUGCAACAGAAUGCAAGUUCUCCGUUUGGUUACAAAAGAAAAGCUCCUAGUCCUCAUUUUUAAAGUCUUCGUUUUUUGCAAAUGGUACCCAGCCCUCUGCCUCCCAGCCUGGCAGCCUUUUGCCCUUGGGAUAAAAGCACAAUCGUCUACAUGGGCUUUGGGCUGCAGAAGGAGGUCUUGUUCUACAGCCUGCUGCAGAAACAGGUUGUGGAGAAGAUCCCCCUGCCUUACUUUGCCACGUCGCUGAGUUUGUCUCCUGCUGCCUGCGUCCUGGCUGUUGGCUUCAACGAGCACCUGCUGAGGCUGAUUGACCGCACAGCCAAGACAGAACAGGACUACGCCGGCCACGACGAUGCCGUCGGCCUCUGCCGCUUCACCCCCUCCGGGAGGCGCCUCUUCACGGCUUCCUUUAACGAGAUCCUGGUGUGGGAGGUCCAGAGCAGAUGAACCCAGCUCUCUCACUCGCCUGCUCGAAGGAUACCAGCGUGGUGGCCGCUCGGAACCCCUCACUUUGCCCCGUUUGAGCUCCGAGAACUUCUGGUCGUGCCCAGGAGCUCUGGAGAUGCCCCGUUAGACCCGACACGGGACUGUUCCAUGGCUUUCGAGAAUAUGCUUCCGAUGUUUGGGGUAGAAAUGGCUGAUGGCAACCGACGACGAUGCAGGAGUUGAGGGCCAGCUUUUGCAUGGGGGACAGACGUCUCCUGGCUUGCUUGGUUUCAGACACACCUCUUCUUGAUUCACAGACCCUGGAUUACUUGCCUGGAAAUCGCCAUACUGGGGGUGAUCCAGGAUUUGGACUCUUGGCUAGAUUCCCCCUCCCCAAAACUCAGGAUCAUCUUGGCUCAAUAGGGUAACUCUCUUGAUUGGAACUGAGGCAGAGAAGCUAUUUUGAGUGUCCCUCAGAUGUAGGUGUUACUUGACAUUUAUGGGGAUGGUUAGAAGUAUGAUCUUUUCCCCUGAUCCCUGAUAACAAUGCCAGUAGCUAAUUUAUUAGUCUUCCUGGUUUCCCCGGCAUGGACAGGGAGCAUUCUUGGCCACCUUUUCUAAAUGGGAUCACAGGUGGUUUAUUUAGAAAGUCCCCUUCUGGACUGGGUCAUGGCUCUGUCCUCGUGUGGACUUGAGGGUGAGCAAUCCUCAAUCUCGUUGGCUUUUCCAUAGAAGUAUCCCUGACCCCAGGACAGUGACAAAGCCAAGUAACAGAAUCACCCUUUUGGAAUCUCCCUUGAGAAACAGUGCAAGGAACAAGAUUAAACUCUUGUUCUUCAAAAAAAAACAAAACCCAACCACUUUUCAUUUUGAUAGUUGCAUCUUAGCUAAGUGGUGUUGAGAAUUUGUAAGUCAGAAGAGAUUCUCAGCUCUUUUCCCCCAGUUUGCUGAAUUCUCUCAGCAGCCCAGAUAUGGAAACAAAAUUAACUAUGCUCAGCAGAUACAGGAUGGCCACUGGGACCAGAUCUUGUGAGCACAAAGUUGCCUUUCUGAUUAGAAGAUUUAUUUAAGGAAUAUUUUAUAGUGAAAAAUUGUGUGUUUUUUAAACAAAGAAUGCAUUGGUAGUAGGGUAGAGAGCUGGCAAAAUGGAAACUGGACAUCAACUGAGAGGGAAAUAACUAAUAUUUCCCUCUCAGAAUUAGACUGUAUCAACAACACACACAACUGCAUUGCUUUUGUCAUUUGUAAUUUAUUACAAGCUGGAAGAGAAGAAAACUGGUCUGCUUGUGUUUAAGUUUUGAUUCCUAAUAAACGAGUGUGUUUUUAUGCA